AUGCCAGAGGUGGUGCUUAUGCAGCUGCAUUGGCAUCAGCCGCAGCUCGUGAGGCGGAGUGAGGAGCGCGAGAAGGCGAAGCUUGAGAAGGAGAAAAGACGCCGCGACAACGAGGCGCAGCAGCUGUCUCCAGAUGGGCAGCUGCCCAUUGGUAAGGGGAAGGAGAAGCCAGCCAGAGGCAAAGGCAAGGAGGGAAAAGAAGGAAAGGAGGGGAAAGAAGGCAAGGGCAAAUCCGAAGGCAAGGAUGGCAAAGAUGGCAAGGGCAAGGAUGGCAAGGGCAAAGGCAAGGAGGGCAAGGAAGGCAAGGGCAAAGCCGAGGGCAAGGAAGGCAAAGGGAAAUCGGAAGGUAAGGACGGCAAGGGCAAGUCCGAAGGAAAGGAAGGUAAGGGCAAAUCUGAGGGAAAGUCUGAAGGAAAGGGCAAGUCCGAAGGAAAGGGCAAGUCUGGCAAGGACGCCGGCAAGGAUGCCGGCAAGGAUGCCGGCAAGGAUGCCGGCAAGGAUGCCGGCAAGGAUGCCGGCAAGGACGCCGCUGUGCAGGAGGAGACUUCGAAUUCUCACUCUCGCGAUGACGAGGUGCUUUGUAGCCUCUUUGCCAGUGCCCUUGAUCCAAGACGCAGUUCCUGUGUGCGAUACCAUGUCUUUGUGAACGUGGCAAUGGCUCGAGGACUUCAGCGAGCCAAAGAGAAGGUGUUCCACAAGUACUUCCAACUUACACAGGCAGCCAGUGAAAACCUGGCAAGGGAGGUCCAAGCAGUGACCAAGAUCCAAAGCGUCUUCCGUGCCUCCAAGAUCCGGCGAAGUUGGCGUGCAGUCGUGGGCGCGACCUUGACGAUCCAGCGCGCAGUCCGUGGCUGGUCGGGUCGGAGGCGGGCCCGGACCCUCCGCUUCCAGCGUCAAAGGCAGUUGCAGAACUACUUCUUCCAUCAAUCGGCCAUGGUCAUCCAGCGCUUCUUCCGCGGCUGGUGGAGUCGUAGGCAUCUGCAUGACUUCCAGGGGCGGAAGAGGUAUGUACAGACCUGCGCACAGCGCGGUGAGUGGACGCAGGCGUACCUGGCCCACGAGCACCGGGAACGCUUGAUCAUGGCCAAAAUGGAGGAGGAGCAGCAGAUGAGGCAGGAGUUCUGCACGGUGGCGGGUGAGAUACACCACCUGGUCAGCACGAAGAGCAUCCCAGGCGUCUACAAUCCACCGUACAAUGACCACUUACCUCGUGCUUUUGACAAGCCCAUCGAGCAGCACUUGCGAGAGUCUUUGCGGGUUCGGUUGCCCAGGGCUCUGCGCCGGCCGCAGCGACACCUCCCAGGCCUUCAGGCAGGACCUUGUCGUGUGGGGGUGUCGCAAGCAGAGCAGAUGGCGGACCUGGUGAUCGCCGGACCACCCCAAGAGCUGCCAGACCGUGCCCCAUGCGUUUCAAGGACUGCAAGCACCGGCCGAUGCCAGCGGGUGCAGGGUCCCUUCAGGUCACGGGAGCAGAUUGAGGUCGCCAACGUCAAAGCCGCCAACCUCUACAAGUCGGUGCAGGCCGCCUCCCCGUACGAUGCUGUUGAGCGGGACCUGAAGAUGCAGAACAAACUCGCCAAGAUGAUCCGCACCUCACCUGAAGACUUCAAAGCACCUGGGCGCCUAGCUGAGCGCCCUCCGCCUCAAAGUGUGCACACGUCGUUGCCCUACUUGGAGAAGCCGUUUGAGCUGCGCAAUGACUACGUCGAGCUGCCCAAGAUCAGGGACAAGCCGCCAUUCUACACAGCCUUCCCGAACAACAAGAAUUUCGAGGAGCUGAACGAGCAGCCACUGCUCCCGUGCGGCCACGUCUGCGAUGAGGUGUCUCGCUUGGCGAUCUAUUCUGGAAUAUUCUGGAUUUUCAAAGCACAAGCCGUGAUCCGCUUGAACCAAGAGCUGAGGGCAGCAAGGUCGUUGGCUGCGUUGGUGGCCGCUAUCAAGGCGAAGGCCCAUGAAUUUGACGGCCAGCAUGUUGCCACUGCAAUCUACACCUUUGCAGUGCUGUCGCCCAGGCCUCAGGCCAGGGCGUUUCUUCGAACGAGUCUCCCUGCAGCAGCCGCUGUGAACUGUCUAGCUGACCACAUGGCGAAGGAGCUGGCCUCAAACGGCUUUGGACAUCGCAGUCUGUCAAACGUUUGCUGGGCCGUGGCGAAGCUUCACGCCGACACGCCGCUGUUGGAAGCGCAAGCAGUCUCGCUUGCCCUGGCUGCAGUUGGGCGGACCUCCGAGAUGAACUCUCAGGGCCUUUCGAACACAUGCUGGGCGUUUGCGGUGCUGAAGCUCCCUCUCGAAGAAGGCUCCAGUUUCUGGUGGUCAGCCUGCAACGCCAUGCUGAGCAUGGACAAUGCAGAGCCCCAGCAUCUGGCAACCCUGCUGUGGGCAAUGGCGACAUCCCAGGUGGAGGACAGAUUCCCAGCUGCGGGGGAUGCCUUGGAUGCCAUUGUGCUCCAGGCCAUGAGGAUGUGCCAUGAGUUUUCGCCGCAGAACUUGGCCAUCUGCGCCUGGAGCUUCGCAAGGCUGGCAGAAUCUCCGGAUCCUCUUCUGACGCUGCUCACCGAGAUAGCACAGGAGCGCGGUCUUGAAGGAUUUUCGACCCUUGAGAUUGCCACGGCGGCCUGGGCCUUCGCACGCAUUGGGGAGGUUUCUGAAAAGCAAACGCAGCUGCCCUAUCGAAGCUUCUGUCUUCAACUGGUGGAGACUGGGUGUGCGAAGCUAGCGGAGUUCUCGCAACAGGGGCUUGCAAAUCUCGCCUUCGCUUUGUCUUCAUCAAUGAAUCCACCUCGUCAGAAACAAGGCAAGCAGCAACAUCAGCGGCAGCAUCCGGCAGCCUCGGAGUGA